AUGAAAAUUCUCUACAUCACUUGCAUUCUCUUCGCGUUCUUUGCUCAAUCUGUUGUUUCAACUUCGAAAGAUUAUCAGAAAUUGAAUGUGGAUUACUUUAAUCGUGCCAGGAACCAGUUUGCCGCGAAUCUUCCAGUGGCUAAUAUGAAUGAGCUAGAGUAUGAUGAAGCACUAGAAAAAACAUUUUCAUCGUGCCAAACUGCACAGAAAGAAGCAGAAAAUGAUAAUCGUGUUAUCAUGUUCCGGUCUGAUUCGGUUACUGAAAUAAGUUUUGAUCGUGAAGGAGAAGCGCAAAAGUUAGUGAAUGACAAUCACGUUAAUGCUCUCUUAUACAAACUCAUAUUCCAUUCUCAAAUCACAUCAGUUGGAUGUGUCCAACUGGAUAUGGAAUGUGCGUAUCCGGGACCGGGACAUAAUACGCCUGACGUAUGGAGAACCACGGGCAUGUGUUUCUUCGACGGACCUGAAAAUGCAAAAAUACCGGAUAACUUCAAAAGAGGAAAACCAGCGACACAAUGUCCAAAUGGAAGGUCUGAGAAGUACAAAAACUUGUGCAAAACGUCGAAAUCUUCUUCUGGUUCUCUCGUCUCUCCAGCUCACAUUCUCAUUGCUGCUGUCUUCAUUAUGAUCACUUUUUAUUUCUGA